GUAUACCGAGUUGACUUAUUUCCGCUUGCCCGUCGUUCUUUCUCAUUCCCAUCUUCGUGUCGUACAGACGUACAACAAAUCCGCUGUUAUUUCAAGAAUCAUCUAGUUUGAGGAUUCAAUCCUCGUUCUAGACUUCUUUUAACAGCCCGAGGAUGAGAGCGAAGUGGCGUAAGAAGCGUAUGCGAAGGCUAAAGCGUAAGCGCAGGAAGAUGCGUGCGAGGUCUAAGUAGAUGCCUGCCUGCUACACAUUUUCCAUGUUGAAUUCGCUUCUACAAUGCGAGCGAUCGUUCGCAGAACAAGAUUUUUCGGCCGGCGUGCACAUUGAAGGAACGAAUUUUCCGUAAAAAUACUUGUGAAAAACCCUUGUGUGUAAACUUCGGCUUAUAUACAAGUGAAUAAAAAACAAAAAAUGUAUUCUGUCUUUGUUAAUGUAUUAUCAGUCCUAUAAAUAUGUUGUAACAACAAUAAAAUGAGCGGGAAACACUAACAUGCGUUGUUCUACAGCAACUCGCCAUUUUCGUAUCAUUAACAUACUACAGGGGUACUGUAAAGUUCUGAAUUUAGUAUUUACUUCAUUUAAAUACGGAUCAAGUAGUUUGGUUUAUAUUUAAUCCAAAUUGUCAUUGAAUAUUGUCACAUCAACUUCAAAUUCCAACCGAAACGUUUGUGAUUUAUAAUUUUAUCGUCGUGAUUAAUAUUUUAACGAGAAACGUCUUAAAUAGCCUGAUUUUAUGGUAAAGUCCACGAGUAACCUGGGGUUAGUGGGUUUCUGGGAUCGGAAAGACUGCGUGCGCAUAUGCGACACGUGCGUUGGGUUUAUUUAGAGACCGUUGCUAAUGACAACCGACGAUUCAUACAACUUUGGCUUUGUGGACAUUAUUGUAUUCAUUAACUUAUUAAAACAGUUAUUCAUGAACGGUGGUGGUGAUAACACUAAUGCCAAAUAACAUGAAGUAAAUCAUUUGCAACUUAAGUUAAAUUAACAUAAAACCACAGGAAUAAUGUGCAACACCGAAGAUUGUUUGCAUUACGAUUAUGUGCGGCUUGCAUGGGACAUCGGAUUCGCCUUUGAAGAGUAUGAUAUGAAACAUGGGUUUGAUAUCAGUGUAAUAGGCCUUGUUGAUGUAGAUAAAGUAGCUAAAGAAAGAGAUAUACCAACCGUGGUGAAACACAUUCCGACUUUAUUAAAUUUCCGCCUUGACAAUGAAAUGGGCAAAGUGCUCGAGCCAAAUUUUAUAAAACUAUUCCGUCUUUCACAACUUGCGAUUCAGUAUUUAAUAUUCUGCAAAAAGUAUCUCGACAGCACCGUAGCGCUUAUUAAAAACGAAGUAGUAGCUAUAAACGACGAAAAAUCAGAUUUAGAAGUUUAUUUAAAAGAGUUACAGUUAGAUAAUGAAACAGUUAAAAGAAAAUACGACGAAUUGAAAGCAACAUUAUCCACUGCUUUGUUCAAAUGUGACGAAUGUGGCAAAACUUUCUAUUCCGAAGAGUAUUUAUUAGCUCACCAGAGACGAAGACAUUUUGUAGUUCAUGAUAAUCAAAUGCAGACUGAAGCGGAUAAGUUGCAACUUGAAAUUAAAGAAUUGAAACAACGAUUGAACAGUACAGAAAGAUUCAUUUUAAACAACGAAAAUAAAUCUGAUGAAAAAGAUAAAGAUGAAAAAAUAAGCCCGAAAGAAAGUGAAGAUGAUAAAGAAAAAGAACUUGAAUCUGUUGAACCUAAUAAUGACGAUGUGAAAGAAAACUCGAUUCAAUUCAAGUUUGAACAGUUAAAGAAUCACAUUGAGACUGAAAUUAACUCAUUGAAAGAUGAAGACUUUUAUAAAGGAAUAUGUGAGAGGUAUAUUAAAGAACGUGUGGAGAAGAAUUUGUCAAUUACCACAAUUCAAAGUGGAAUAGAUAAACAAGAUGAAAACAUUCAAGCAAAAGGUUCUUCUGUGACUGUGACAAUUGACACAACUGAUGCAGAUAAUUCCAAGUUAAACUUAGUUAAAGCUGAAUCUUCCACACAGACUGAACUGAAAAACACUGUAAGUGAAGGUACUUCUAUGAGUCCACAGCCAACACCAAGAAAACUAAGCAAAUCACAUGAUGAAGAUGGUGAUAGAACAUCUCAAACAGUUGCAACAUCAACAAAUGAUACUAAUGAUGCUUCUUCACGAAGAACGAGUGUUGAUGAAUCGUCUAAUACUGAAAAUAAAAGCAGUCAGGUUGUGAUUAGGUCAAUAGAAGAGAAACUAGCGAAAGAAGCUGAGCAUCAAAGGGAAACAUUGGAGCAUAUUUUGGAUUUGAAGUUGUCGGGGAGUUUAAUCAAAAUGGAGGCGCAGAUGACUGCGUUUUGGCAAAAGUUAAACGCCUGGGAGAGUAAUUUAACAGCUAGGUCAAGUUCUGUGCCUUCUAUUAAUGUGCACUCUGAACCUGUGAAGAAUACGAGUGUUCAUAGAGAAAACGGUGAUGUAACAAUACGCAGACAGAAUUCCGUUGGGAGUUUAGCAUCGAAUAGUCCAAUACAUAAAAUAACACCUAGAGAUCAUAAUGUGCAUGAUGCUAAAAGUCAAAUUGAAGCGAAAGCUCCAAAAGCUUUGCCAAGAAGUUUUAAUACCAAUAAACAAAACUCGCCUGUUAUGGUUGUACCCAAAGUAAUUGAACCAAUUGUUAAUGUUAGGAAUAAUGAUGUCACUCGGUUUUUGGAUUCGAGUGAUGAAGAAGAUAAGAAUACUGAUAAAUCAUCUGAAUCUACAAGUGAAGAGGAAACACCAAGCAAUAUUAAACCAACUGAUAGUUUCAGGAAACGUCUUGAUGAGACUUUAUUACAAAGAUUAAAACCUUCAGCAACAUUAAAACCAGUUGAACCAAAAGUAAAACCACCGGUGCUUCAUAAAAUGUCGAAACACGUAUCACAAGAUGGCGGACCGUCAAAACCCACAAAAGUAUCUAAAAUUGUUGAAAAUAAGAAUAAUUCUGAUGAAGAUGAUGAAAGUGAUUAUAAUGAUUUAAAGAAACGUCUUAAACGCCACGUUGAAGAGUCUGUUAGCCAAAAGUUGAAAGAAAUUGGAGUGUCGCCACAUUGGAAAUGCCUUCCAGAAAAGUCAUAUAAUAAAGCAAUGGAGAUUGUUGAGCAUCAAGCUAAUUUAUCGAAGAAAACUAUCCAUGAUUUUCAUAAAAUACGAAAAAACAUCGAACGCUCCAUUGAUAAAGAAAUCGAAAAGAAUAACGAAGUGAGAAAACGCAGAACUACGCAAAAUUUACCCACAAGUGUUUCAGAUAAUGAAGGAGCUACACCAUCGGAAUCUUAUGCUCCUUCAGAAUCAUCAGUAGAUAUUCCUCUUCAAAGGGUAACAGGACGUCCCACGAUUAAACCAAACUCUCGUAGGGGUUCCAUGCAAACAGAAUCAUCAAUUCAAAGCCCCGUACUAAAUUACACUCAACAACAAUCAACCUUAAAAGUAUUGAAAGGUAAGAAGCCGGAAAAUAAUGUUGUUACGAUUAUUCCCUCAAAGCAAACAAAACCAGAAGUUAGAGCUGUGAAUACCACUGGUACUGCAACUGCGACAAGUAGUGCUCCUACAUUUGCAACUGCUGAGUCUGCACCACCUCAAAACAACAAAAAGAAAGUUCUGUUUAAUUUAGAAAGCGAUACAGAUCUAUCCUCACAACAAUCACCUGAGAAAUUACCUAAACCACAACUUCAAAACAAAAAAGAUCUCACCUCUUUCGUAGAACAAGAAAAAACUAAAUUAAACGUAGAAAAACAAGGAAAACAAAGGAAACAACUGGAAUUACACACUGGUUCCGAAUCGUCGGAUUGGGACAUUAGCGACAUCACAUGAAUGUCUACAUAAAACCAAAGUUAAUGUUAUCUGAAUCAUGUAAAUAGAGUAUUAAAAAAGCAUGGUUCAUA